AUGAAAAUCGUUGUAAUACCAAAAUGUUCUGUGUGUGAAAAGGACAUUGAUUUUAACAAAACUGCUCUUAAAUGUAAAGAAUGCCACCUUAUGUGCCAUAAGGAGUGUAGAAAUUUGAUGCCUACACCUUGUGCAAAGAAAUUCACUGGUACUAUAGCCGACUAUACACCUACAAGUCCUCCCAUGGUCCCAGCUCUUAUUGUUCACUGCAUUAAUGAAAUUGAGCAAAGAGGCUUAAAUGAAUUAGAUAUUUAUAGAAUUCUAGGAUCUGAGAAGGAUGUAAAAGGCUUAAAAGAGAAAUUUCUAACGAGCCGGUUGGCACCUUAUUUAAAAGAAGUUGACAUUCAUGCAAUUUGCGGUUGCCUAAAAGAUUUCUUACAGUCUCUAACAGAACCUAUUUUGAACCAGACACUCUGGCAUGAUUUUGUCACAGCUAUAAGAUCCAAAGAUCCCAAUGAUGUUGCUCCUGCUUUGUAUGAAACCAUAUAUCUACUACCUCAACCAAAUAGAGAUACUUUGGCUUUUGUGAUAUUGCAUUUACAAAAAGUAGCACAAUCCCCUGAAUGUAAAAUGCCCACAGACAAUUUAGCAAAAAUAUUUGGACAUACAAUAGUUGGUUGCUCAUCAGGGGACCCUGAUCAAUUUGCAGAAGAGUCUGUAGAGGUGAUGGCUCAUCUUUUGAACAUUCCAGAUGAUUUUUGGACAAACUUUAUAAAACCUAGGUCCGAAUGA